AUGGGUCCUAGCAGUGUUAGAGCUGUGGUCUUCCCAACAGUGCUAGAGAGGAGCCGUGGGUCUUCCCAACAGUGCAGAGACGUGGGUCCCAGCAGUGUGAGAGCUGUGGGUCCCUCCGCAGUGUUAGAGCUCAGUGUUAGAGCCGUGGGCACCCCCAGCAGUGUUAGAGCUGUGGGUCCCCUAGCAGUGUUAGGAGCUGUGGGUCCCCCAGCAGUGUUAGGAGCCAGGCCUGCUAUGUUCGAGCUGUGGGUUCCCCAGGAGCAGCUGGAGCCGUGGGUCCCAGCAGUGUUAAUAUGGGUCCCCAGCUGUGUUAGAGCCGUGGGUCCUGGCAGCGUUAAAACCGUGGGUCCAGCAGUGUUAGAGCUGGGUCCCCCAGCUGUGAAACCCAGUGUUAGAGCCGUGGGUCACCCAGCAGUGUUAGAGCAUGGGUUCCCCAGCAGUGUUAGAGCCGUGGUUCACCCAGCAGUGUUAGAGCCGUGGGUUCCCAGCAUGUUAGAGCCGUGGGUCUCCCAGCAGUCAGUGUUAGACCGUGGGUCCCCCAUCAGUGUUAGAGCCGAUGGGUCCCCCAUCAGUGUUAGAUCAAUGGGUCCCCCAUCAGUGUUAGAGCUGUGGGCCCCAACAGUGUUAGAUCUUUGGGUCCCCAAUGGUGUUAAAGCUGUGGGUCCCAAACAGUGUUGGAGCCAUGGGCCCCCAUCAGUGUUAGAGCUUUGGGUCCCCCAUCAGUGUUCGAGCCUGUUAGAGCUGUGGGCAAGAAUAGCGUUAGAGACGUGGGUCCCAAUCAGUAUUAGGCCGUGGAUCCCCAUCAGUGUUAGAGCCGUGGGUCCCCCAUCAGUGUUAGAUCCGUGGGUCCCCAUCAGUGUUGAGCCGUGGGUCCCCCAUCAGUCAGUGUUAGGCUGUGGGUCCCCCAGCAGUGUUAGAGCCGUGGUUCACCCAGCAGUGUUAGAGCUGUGGGCCUCAACAGUGUUCGAUCUCUGGGUCCCCAAUGGUGUUAAAGCUGUGGGUCCCAAGCAGUGUUGGAGCCGUAGGCCCCCAUCAGUGUUAGAGCUGUGGGCCAACAUUGUUAGAGCCGUGGGUCCUCUAACAGUGUUCGAGCCGUGGGUCCCUCAUCAGUUUGUAGAGCCAGGUCUAUCAGUGUUGAGCUGGGCCCCUAACAGUGUUACUGCCGUGGUCCCCAUCAGUGUUAGAGCUGUGGGCCCCAUCAGUGUUGGGCAGUGGGUCCCCCCAUCAGUGUUAGAGCCGUGGGUCACUCAUCAGUGUUAG